AUGGAGAAUUCGGAUCCUCCACAGACUCCAAAUCCCAACCACAUUCCCUCUUCAUUCCACCGCCGAUCUCGCUCCGACGAUAUGUCAAUGUUCAUGUUCAUGGAUCCGCUCAUCUCCUCCUCCUCCUCCGCCGCACCACCACCACCUCCCUCCUCCGACGACCUUCCCUCUGACGACGAUCUCUUCUCCUCAUUCAUCAACGUCGAUAGCCUCUCCUCAAAUCCGCAUCCCUCCUUGUCCUCCUCAAACUCUGUUUCCGUCGCCAAUCCUGCUCCAACGACCUCUCGUCCUCGUCACCGUCACAGCAAUUCCGUUGACGCUGGAUGCGCAAUGUACGCUAGUGAUGAGAUCAUGGACGCAAAUAAAGCAAUGCCUCCUGAAAAGCUCUCCGAGCUGUGGAACAUCGAUCCUAAACGCGCCAAAAGGAUCUUAGCGAAUAGGCAAUCAGCAGCACGUUCAAAGGAAAGGAAAGCAAGGUACAUUCAAGAACUUGAACGUAAAGUUCAAUCUCUUCAAACUGAAGCCACCACUCUCUCAGCUCAGCUCACUCUCUUCCAGAGAGACACAAAUGGACUGGCAAAUGAGAACACAGAGCUAAGACUUAGGUUACAAGCAAUGGAACAACAAGCUCAACUUCGUAAUGCUUUAAACGAGGAAUUGAGGAAAGAAGUGGAAAGGAUGAAGAUGGAAACUGGAGAAAUAUCGGGUAAUUCAGAAUCGUUUGAUAUGAGAAUGCAGCAGAUUCAGUAUUCUCCUUCAACCUUCAUGGCGAUUCCACCAUAUCAUCAUCAUGGCUCAAAUAACGGCCAGCAGAUGCAUGGAUUGAAUCAAAACCAUCUAAUGGAUAAGUCGAAUUAUCAGAGUGUGUCAGAGUUUAUAAAGAACGGACGGUUGCGAGGGCUAGAGAUAAGUAGCAACAACAAUAUUUCAAGCAUAGUUAAAUCUGAAGGACCUUCUCUCUCUGCUAGUGAGAGUAGCUCUGCUUAUUGACAAACAAACACCAUGAAGAUUACAUCUGUUUAUAGGGCUUUAUAAAUUCCUUUGAUUUGAUUUGAUCCUUUUUUUUUUUGAGGGGCCAAUACCAGAAGUAUAAAAGGUUUUACGUUGUUUGUUGGUGAUUGUGAGUGUCAUUGUUUGUUCUGCAAGGAACAAAAAUAUAUUCUUAAAAUUUUAUUUUCUCUUUGGAAACAGUGAUGUAUUUUCAUCUUCUUUUGUUUUUAU